UGGGCCCAUACCAGCUCACCCGGACCACGAGGUCACUGGCCACUGGGAGAUAUAAGGAACCCUGUGCAGCCACAAAAUGGCCUGGCAUGCAGAUGCCUGGUCAACAACAGCUCCCCUACCUUGCUCGUCCUCGGUUAGUGAUUGGAGUUGAGCCUCUCAUUGUAUGCAAGCUCACUUCCCAGCCUCAUCCACGCGCGGCUCCAUCAUGCACCAGUACACACCCAUCAGUUUGACGAUAGAGAUUUGGGGGGACGGGGCUGUUGGGAAAACUUGCCUAGUCCAGAGAUAUUUGUAUAACAAAUAUGUCGUCGAGUAUGACCCUACCAUCGAAGACACUCAUAUCGUGGUCAGAGGAGAAUGCCGAAUUAAGUUUGUCGACGCCCCGGGUUACAAUGGACUCAUUCGUGACGCCGAAGAAAGCGCGGACGAGCGUAAUGCACCGCGAGUGAUCAUUAUUGCGUUCGAGCUUACGAGUUCAUCCUCUCUUGAGCACGCCGAGGUUCUGUGCGAGAAAAUUCCUCGGGGGUAGGGCUUAUCCUUGCCGGUACGAAAGUGGACAUGGGCCACGGGAGGGAGGUAGCAGACAAAGGAAAGGCAGUAGCACAGUCAUUCAAGUGCGGGUACUUUAGAGUGUCAGCACAGAAUGACGUCGGCGUCAAGGAGCUUUUCAAGGCGGCGAUCAAGCUCGGCUUAGGUUCACAGGCUCCCACAGAUGACCCUGCUGCUGUCGGCAGCGAGUCUCGGCCGUGAUAUUGUCCGCUUGGUGUUUAACUCUCUCGUGCAUCCGAAACCGCUUCUCAGGAUCUGACCUCGAAACUGGUUGUUAGGACAGCAGGUCGCUUGUAAUCGUUAGAGGAUCAUAGCAUAAUCCAACCACUGAAUGAGGACCAACGCCAGUCUUUGUCAUGGUACAUUGUAGAGAUAUGUCUCAAUGGCGGAGUCUGUGAG